AGCAAAAGCUUAAUUUUCCCAAAUCGGUAAGGAUGUUAAAAUAAUUGGGCUAAGCGGCCCAUGACUUAAACCGAAUCUCCUGGGAGCAAAACUAGACAGAACCAACACCAUUGCAUUUGCAUUAUUUUAUUUAACAACAAAGUGAAAAUGAGAAUACUCGGUAGAGCAUUCUACGCAAAUGCGUUGGGUAGAAGGGCGAGAUUUAUGAGCAGCAACUGCAGAAGGACAGUGAUGAGCUUUGGAGAUGGGAGUCAUGGAGCACUGGGCCUGCCCAUGUCACUAACGGGCAUUGGCGGCGACGCUUACGAGCCCACUGUUGUCCCUGGCCUACCUUCCGACAUUUCUAGUGUCAGUGCAGGUCACUACCACUGUCUUGCUGUCACUUCCGGUGGCGCCCUCUGGGCUUGGGGCCGCAACAACGAAGCCCAGCUUGGCCGCAGUCUUCUUGCACCCAGAGACUCAUGGAAUGUACCGAAGAGAGUGGAAGGGCUGGAUAAAGUAAAUGUUUGUGGUGCAUUUGCAUCUGGUGUCAUCUCUUCAGCCAUUGGAGAUGAUGGCUCUUUGUGGGUUUGGGGAAAGUCUAAACGGGGGCAGCUGGGUCUUGGAAAAAAUAUUACGGAGGUCAUAGUGCCUUCAAGAGUCGAAGCGCUUGCAGGAGAAAAAAUAGUCAAGGUAUCAUUUGGUUGGGGGCAUGCUCUAGCUCAAACUGAGGAUGGAAAAUUGUUUGGCUGGGGUUAUUCAGCUGAUGGUAGAAUAGGAAAGAUGGGUGAAGCAGCAUUGGAGAGUUCUCCGCUAGAAUCAGAAAUAAAUUUACCUGAAAGCAACCUAGAAAUCUCUAGAUCAACAAUUGAUGCUGCAGAGAAACUGGUUUUAGAAGGAAUGGAAAAGGAGAAAGAUAUGCCAAUAAUAUGGGAACCUUGUUUGGUGGAAGAUUUACACCGUGUUAAAGCUGUAGACAUUGCUUGUGGGCUUGAUCAUUCAUUGGUUCUUUGCCGUAAUGGCAUCCUCUUAAGUUGUGGAAGCAAUGUAUAUGGUCAGUUGGGCAGAGCGAACCAAGGCCUGGGAAUGUAUCCAGUUGACAUAAAUUUCCACCCAUUGUCUGUUGCAUCAGGCCUUGGCCAUUCUUUGGCGAUUUGCCAAGCAUCAUCAUCAAAUGAUACAGUAGAUGCCACAGGCCUUGUUUCAUGGGGAUGGAACCAGAGUUCUCAGCUGGGAAGAGAAGGACCGGAGAACGUUCCAUUGAUGGUGAAUGUUUUGGAAGGAGAAAGCCUUGUUUCGGUUUCAGGAGGUCGUGCGCAUUCCAUGGUGCUCACAUCAAAGGGCGAACUAUGGAUAUGGGGUUGUGGUAAGAACGGAAGGCUUGGAUUAGGUGGUUCCAUGGAUGAAUCUGAACCAAUGUUGCUUGAUUGCUUGGAAGGGUGUGAAAUUUUGCAAGCAGUUUCAGGUUUUGACCAUAAUCUAGUUCUGGUAGCCGAAUGAUCAACCUUGAAACUGAAUAACUAUAACGAUAAAGAAAUACUUGAUCACAUAAUAACAUAUUAUAUAUAUAUAUCAUUUGUAUAUUCAAAAAUAAAUACGCACAAUAUUGUUCAUUUUGUUUAUUCAAGUUUUUGUUUUUUAUAUUUGAGAAAUUUAGUCGGGAUAGUGCGGAUGGGCGAGAAACUGCAUUUUUGAUAACAAUUUAUAUGCAUGUUUUUGUCAAUUAAUUAAUACCUUGACUAGUAAUUUUGAAGA